AUGAAUCAAACCCCAAGUUCUCUCCAAGAAUACUUCGUCCAUGUGCCUGAUCAUCCGAACGUCCUGGCCAAGCGGAUCGCUCUUCUCAAGCCACACAACGUCGCUGCGGCGCCUCUAGUCAAAGCAGGUCGCGUCCCUUUCUUUGGGAGUACUCUCACUCAUCACGGCGCUAUCGACGAGGAGCCCAGUGAGAACGGAACAAUCAUGAUUUUGAAGGCUGAAAGCGAGGAAGUCAUUAGGGAAAUUAUCCGGGAGGACAUCUUCACUGUGGAAGGCGUUUGGGACUUUGAGAAAGUAGUGAUUCAACCCUUCAAGGGUAAAUAG